CGUUCCAACACAGCUUGUGUCCAUAACUUUGCAUCACGGUACUUGUCUCCAUCAUUGUUUUUUUGUUGCUUCCAACUUUUAGUUGUGCAGGAAUUGACAAUGAGAGAAAAAGGAAAAAUUUGCAAUCCAAGUCCAAGUGAGAUGGAGUCAAAGAAGAAAAUGAAAGAUAUGGAAAAGAGCGUGGAUCCUGAACUAUGGCAUGCAUGUGCUGGAGGAAUGGUGCAAAUUCCACAAGUUAACAAUAAGAUAUUCUACUUCCCUCAAGGUCACGCAGAACAUGCGCGGGAACUGGUGAAUUUCAUGGAUUACCCCCAAAUUCCACAUUUGAUUCCAUGUAGAGUUGUAGCUACCAAAUAUAUGGCUGAUCAUGAGACUGACGAGGUGUAUGUGAAACUCAAACUUGUUCCUUUGCACAGUGAGGUUAGUUUGGAGGAUGACAACGCUGAAUGCUCCACCAAAGCGUCUGAAACUAAAGAUAAACCUCAGUGUUUUGCCAAAAUCUUGACACAAUCUGAUGCAAACAAUGGUGGUGGUUUUUCUUGUCCUAGAUAUUGUGCAGAAAAGCUUUUUCCUUGUUUGGACUAUUCCACUAGCCCUCCUGUGCAAGACAUUUUCCCUAAAGACAUUCACGACCAAAAAUGGCAAUUUAAACAUAUUUAUAGGGGCACGCCCAAGCGUCAUUUAUUGACCACUGGUUGGAGCCAGUUUGUGACUCAUAAGAAACUUGUUGCAGGGGAUUCUAUUGUGUUUCUAAAGGCUGAAAAUGGAGAUAUUCGUUUCGGAAUUCGCAGGGCUAGAAGGGAAAUUUGUGCUGUACUUGAACCUCCAUCAGGGUAUGAACCUGCUACUGCUACUGCAAUUCAAGAGGAAGAUAAUAAUAACAGUAAAGUUCAAAGAAAUAGUAGAGGCAAUGCAUUAAGAAUAAGUGAUGGUAUGAUGGGUAAGGGUAAAGUCAGUGCUCAACAAGUUAUUCAAGCAGCAACACUUGCUGCUAAUAUGCAGCCUUUUGAGGUAGUUUACUAUCCUCGCUCGAAUACUCCCGAAUUUUUUGUCAAAACUUCUGCUGUUAGAGCAUCACUUCAUAUUAGGUGGUUUCCUGGAAUGAGGAUCCAAAUGGCCAUUGAAACUGAGGACUCGUCAAGGAUAAGUUGGUUUAACGGAACUGUCACUUUUUUUGAGCCUAUUGAUCCAAAAUGGCCUCAUUCUCCUUGGAGAGCUCUUCAGGUUACAUGGGAUGAUACAGAGUUACUACAAAAUGUAAAAAGGUUGAAUCCAUGGCAAGUUAAAAUAGAAGCAAAUGUUCCACCCAUUCAUCUUCCAACUUUCACACCACCCCCACCAAGGAAGAAACUCAGGUUACUUCCACACCUAACUUUCCCCAUUGAUCACCAAUUUUCAAUGUCAAAUUUUUCAAACAUCUUUCAAAGUCCUAUCAGUCCAUUUUGUCAGUUCCCCGAAAUUAGUCCUGCUGGCAUGCAGGGAGCCAGGCAUGCUCAUUUUCUUCCUAAUCUCCAACCAUUUAAUCACACUACUACAACAUCGACGAAUGUCUCUUGUAACACGAGAUUACAGAAGUCGAACAACGAUGACAAUAUGUUGUGUAUGCUAUCGAUAUCAAGUUCUACUGAAUCUUCACAAAAAUCGGAUCAUGUUAAGCAACAACAACUUGUGCUUUUUGGAAAAAAAAUUAUAAUUGAACAACAAGUCCCUCCAAGUACAAUUUUUGAAGCUAAAAAUGAAAAUGCCGAGAAAUCAAUGAAUCAAGCUGGAAAUGAAAAUGCUGAAAAAUUAACGGAUGAUUUUUCUAAUCUUCAUCUACCAUGCCUAUCAGAACGUCCCUUUUUAGAGAGGUUAGAGUUGAAUGAAAGCAAAGAAACAAAAGAUGGAGAACAUAAGAUGAAUCUCUCAGAGCCUUCACCAAAAUGGUUAGGAGGUUGACAAUGUUAAUAAAUUCCACAAUGGAGGAGUGUAGUGCAAUAAAAUAAACCAUCAAUUCAAUUGUCCACUAUUGUGACUCAUUACACUUUCCUAAAGCAAUGGAAGGAAACAAUUUCAUUUGGUAAAUUUGGAACUUUUUGUUCAUUUU